CUAUAAAAUAUAAUUAUUAACUACAAAUUACUAAUUAUUGAACAUUUUAAUCAGGAGAGAGAGAGAAAAUGUCAUCAAGUCGUGUCAGUCCAAGGACGCCAAGAACGCCGAGAGAAAAAACGAAAAGACCCUCUACUCGUGAGCAAAAGAGUCCUACUAAUAUGAAACCAAGCCAAGAUAGGGCUAAGAGAUCCGAGGCGCUAAUUCAAGAGCAGGUUUUACUGAUCAAAGACACACAAAAUGCUAUUGAUAGGAUUUUACAGGACAUAGAGAGAGAAUCUGAGCAGGGAGAUGUUGAUAAACAAGAAGAAGAAGAAUUACAGGUCCUAUUGAACAAGAGUCAAGAGUUAUUAGUGAUGCUUCAGGUGCUGAUGAAGAUUCGUAAUGAACUAGCAUAUGCCAGACUUGAUCUUGAGAAAUCCAUCAAAUCUGACUAUGGGGUUGAGACAGCUAAAAAGAGAGUCAAGUGGCUCCAACAAAGACUUGAAAAGGUUCUGGGAACAACCAGGGAAUAUUGUCAGAUGACUAUUAAAUGCAAUGAGGAAAAUAUCAAAGAAAAGUCUAAUAUUUCAACAGAAUUAUGGAAUAGACUAACUGAGAGCCAGCGUCAACGAUAUUUUGGCAAAGAGGAUGAUUCCCAAGGUUACAACAAGCAGUCAGCCAAUGCCAUUGAAGACUUUGCAAAACUAGUUAUUGAACCAAGCCCAGUGCAUGGAGAAAAACUAGAUUUGAUCCUGACAAAACAGCUUCCAGAGAGCAAGAAAAAGCGAAAGAAAAAAAGAAAGAGUGAUCGACCUCUAGCAUCGAGUCCUCCGGCUUUGAAAGCCUUGUUCACUACAGCAGUCCCUGAUGAAGAUCUGUAUGACGGAGGGGGAGACUCUACUCCUGAACCGCUCUCUGAUGAGGAGGCUGAUGAAGGUGCUACGGAAUCUAUUAUCAGUUCGAUUGGUCCAGGGUACGACCUCCAGGCGGAAGAAAAAAUGUUAAAUCAGCAGACUAUGACACCAGAAAUAUUAAUGAUUACUGACUCAAAGACAGAAGAGAAACGAGAAGUAUCACAUUCAAAACAAGAAGACCACGAUUAUGAUCAAGAUAGCAAGAAAGAUAUCAGUGAAGAUAAAGAUGUCUUGGAUGAAGAGGAAAGAGAUGAAUACUGGGACAUGGACCAUCAUAAGUUUGAAUGGUCUGACUAUAUGCAGACACUAGACCCUCGAUCAUGGCACGCUCUUGGUAUAGCAGUACAGGAAAGUUUUAUCUCUAAAGAAAAACCUCUGUUCGAUUCCAAUCUCCCAUGGAAAGAAAAACCGAUGAAAGUCAACAGUGUGAUUGACGUCCAUAAAAUAGCACUUGACAAGCUGUUGGUUCGUCUGCAUCGCAUGUAUGAAGCAAUAGGGCAGGCUACGCAGGCUACUAUCGACCCAGUCCCCAAGGAAGAGAAGGUCCAGACGGUUAUGGGGAAAUACGAAGAACUCGAAACGCCUUUUGAUGGAAGACCUAGUACGAACGCUAUGGUCCCUGCCGAUAGUGGCCUGUUGUCACGUGGUGUAUCGCGUGACGUCAUGCUACCUCCUCUACCAGGAACAGCAGCGACCACUAAGACUGUCACCUUUCUUCCAUCACCUUCACAACAUACUCCAUCAAGAUAUACCCGCAAGAGAACAGAUAAAUUUUACCCUCGUGGGUCUAAGGAAUGGUGCGAAGACUAUAAAAGUGGCCACGAUAUGCCCAAACUAGUGACCUUUAAACCACCACCAAUCCACAAGAAGACUAGUAACGUUCAGUCAAGAUAUCUUGGGAAGAAAGCAGAAGUAAAACCUCUGAAGGUGAAGGAGAGCUACGAUGCAUUUAAAAGAAAAGAUUAUGACUGGAAGCCCCAGAUAGUCAAGUCACUGAUAAAAAUAAUGAAAGGAAUGGAGUCAUCUGAGGCUAAGAAGGAAAGGGAGGAAGAUUUUGUUGAUUAUGAUGGACCAAAAUGGAGAAGACUUCAGGAACUUAUCGGAGAGGAAGGACUAAAGUCUCCCAAUUCCACCAUUGCUAUGGAAGCAGCCAGAACAAUUGGUCAGCUUAACUGUCGUCAUCCAGAUAUAUUAGCAGCCCUCUGCUCAGCAAUCUCAGAUUCUUCUAACGAAGCUCGAGUUUGCUAUGAAGCCAGUAAAUCUCUUAUACUCUUGGGUAUGUGGGCUCCGGAAGCUUUGAAGGUAGUGAUCAAGAAUAUCAAGAAAGGGAACGAACAAGUGGUUGCCGAGCUGUUGUACACUAUGACUAAGGCUAAAAACAUCCCUUUCGUAGACAAGUCUACUCCAGAGUUUCAGUCCAUGGUCCACAUACUAGUUGAACUAGUCAAGGUCAAUUAUCAUGAUCUAUCCUUUAGAGCAGCUGUAAGCCUUGGGCGACUGUGUAUAGUAGAACCAGUGUCUAAAUCCUACCUUAUUGACAACCUACCACAUCUAACAACAGAGGAAAGAGCAGAGGCGCUAUUUGUACUAAUUAAACAGAUGAAUUGUAAAGAAAGGCCUGUCUUGGAUACUUUGUUUGACCAGAUAAAACACGCGCAUAAUUGGAAACAUCGUCUAGAAGCUGCUGAUUUGCUCAUUUUUAUUGGACCUCGUGACUUGUUUAACAUCAUUGCACCAGAAAAAGUGUUUAGUAUUUUGGAACCUCUGCUUUGGGAUCAUGCUAAUAGGGAAUUACGUUAUAAAAUAGCUGAGACUAUCAACUCUCUUGGUCUGAGGCACGCAGCUUGUUCUCUUGUUCUAAGUAGGUUAGAGGAUCCAAGUGAAGAUGUACGAGCAAAAGCUGUGAUUUCAAUGGCUACCUUAGGCAUGAAAGGAGGCAGGGAAAUGAAAGCACUACUGGAUCUUCUUGAACUGGAUUCCAGCGUUUAUGUGCGAAUUCAGGUUGUUCGAGCAUUUAAUAAUUUAAAGUGGAACGAUCCUAGAAUACUUCGAAGCUUGCGGGAAAGAGAACGGGGAGAAACUACUUUGGCGAGCGAGGCAAGGAAAGCUAUAUCAAGUCUGACUAAUGAAGGGAAGUAAGUCAGAAUAGAAGAAACGUAACAGCAAAGAUUCCCUACAACACAAUCAGAAUAUUUUUUAAAAUAUUUUUAUAAAUGUACAAUUUCUACUCAUAUAUGGUAGUUAAAACUAUAAAUAAAAAAUAAUAGCAAUCUA